UUGACCCUUUAAUUGGAAUAUAAAUAUUUACAGGCACUUAAAUUUGAAAAGAAGAAUACUGUCCAAAACUAUGCACAUAAGUACUAUGACAACUAAAGUAUAUAUGAUGAGAAAUAUUACACAAAAGCUAAGCCUUUGUUGAAACAAAGAGCUAUAUUAAAAAAUUAACUUCUAAGUCGCACCUCACUAAAUAUUGCAAACCUAAACCGAUGAUUGAGUUCAAUGCAACAAGUGAAAAUUAUCCGUCUCUUCUGCAUAAAUUACAAUCAAUAGAGCAGUUGCCACAGCAAAUACCACCUAAUGCGAAAGAUUCAUUUAGCAAUUUUGACAGUGCACCGAUAGAUUUGCAAGAAUUCAUUGCCAGCGCAACUGGUCAUGACAUUCCACAAGUAUUUCUUGACUAUGCCACGUCCGCUGCAGCAUCAACACUCAUACCUGCCUUACAGACAGCAACAUCAGAAACGACGUGGCAGUCGCUGUUCACCACUGAAAAACUAUUCAAUGACAGUUACAUAAACGAUACAGAUAUAUCCUUUCAGUACCCUUACUCUGAAAAUUGGACGACCACCUGUGACGAGGUAUACGAUCCACAUUUACUCAAUAAUUGUAUUGAGUUUUGGGUAUGCGGUAUCGUUUUAAAUAUUGUAGGUAUCUUAGGAAUUAUAGGCAAUAUUAUUUCCAUGAUUAUUUUAUCCCGUCCUCAAAUGCGUUCUAGCAUAAAUUAUCUGCUUAUUGGCCUAGCACGCUGUGAUACGGUUUUAAUUAUAACUUCAAUACUGCUUUUUGGCAUACCCUCCAUUUAUCCGUAUACGGGUAAUUUUUUCUUUUACUAUAAUUACAUAUAUCCUUUCAUAUCACCAGCGAUAUAUCCCAUUGCGAUGAUGGCACAAACCGCUAGCAUUUACAUGACGUUUACGGUCACACUCGAACGUUAUGUGGCUGUUUGUCACCCGCUGAAGGCACGUGCUCUGUGUACUUAUGGACGUGCUAAAAUUUAUUUCAUUGUCUGUGUUAUCUUUUCGCUACUGUAUAAUUUCUCAAGAUUUUGGGAGGUGCUAACAAUUACAUACCAACCAUCACACAGCCCAGUUGUGCUGCACUGUGUGCGACCUUCAGCGCUACGCCGUAAUCUAACAUACAUAAAUAUUUACAUACAUUGGUGUUAUUUUAUUGUGAACUAUAUAGUGCCAUUCUCAACACUGGCUAUAUUAAAUUGUUUGAUCUACCGACAGGUGAAGCGUGCAAAUCGAGAAAGACAGCGCUUAUCCCGUUCGGAAAAGCGUGAAAUUGGCUUAGCUACUAUGUUGCUCUGUGUUGUUAUUGUAUUUUUUCUAUUUAAUUUUCCUGCUUUAGUUAUAAACAUUUCGGAAGCAUUUUACAAUAUUAUUGACCAUUCGCUGACGAAAACAUCGAAUUUACUAGUGACCAUCAAUAGCAGUGCCAACUUUCUCAUUUACGUCAUAUUCGGCGAGAAAUUUAAGCGUAUAUUUUUGUUAAUAUUUUUCAAGCGCCGCCUUAGUCGUGAUCAACCAGACCUUAUACACUAUGAGAGUUCAAUUUCCAAUAACGGAGAUGGCACUAUAAAUCAUCGUUCCUCGGGGCGUUUCUCACGUCAUGGCACCCAGCGUAGUACAACUACCUACUUAGGCGCUACUUCUGUAAAUAAUACAAUAAAAAAUGUACGUUUAACACAAACUGGUUCACCAGCAGUGGUGAAAAUCAAACGUAGUCGCGCACCUUCACCGGGUCCAAUAGUUUAUUACCCGGCACGAGAAAUACAGCGUGCAUCAACGACUCCGGUUCUGUCAGCAAAUAAUAAUACCACUUUAGGUUGUGACUUAGUGGAAACUAAAAAUGGGCAAAUGACAUCAGGUUUUUGAAAUAACAAUACAUUGGGCGACGCUGUAAGGUUGUACAUAAGGCUUUUCAAUGCGUAUCCCUAAAUGUUAUGGUGACUAAAAUAGCUUUAUUAAUUAUACUAUAAUAUAUUUCUUAUUCAUAUUUAUAUUUGUGUACGUAUAUUAUAUUAAAGAAACAGAUUUAGCAGAAUAAUUUAGCAGAGAGUAAUUAUAUUUUAACUAAGAUUUAGCAAAGUA